GGUUUGUUGCAUACAGAAACCGAGCAGUAUUUUAUAGAACCAGUUAAAGGCCACGACUGGAAGACCAACCCUCAACAUCCACAUAUAGUUUAUAAACGAUCCGCUCUGCCAGAGCAUUGGGAUAUACUCAGAGCUACAGAGAACAUUGUUAAUCAACAUACUGAAGAUCAUGGUUCCUGUGGAGUCACAGAUGCAUCUAAAAGAGAUUUUACACAAAGAGAAAAAUGGGAAAAGCAUCACCGACAUCACAGUUAUAAAAACGAAAGUAAAAAUAAAAAUCACAGACGUAAAAAGAGGUCAAUAUCAACUGAGAAGUACGUGGAAACUCUGGUCGUGGUGGAUCCAGUCAUGACCAAUUAUUAUAAAAAUGAAGAUUUAGAGAAUUAUGUUUUAACUGUUAUGAAUAUGGUGGCGACAUUAUUCCAUGAUGCCAGUAUUGGUAAUGCUGUAAAUAUAGUUAUUGUAAGAAUCAUGAUUCUCGAAGACGAUCAGGACGCUCUAACCAUUACUCACCAUGCUGAUAAUUCAUUGAGAAGUUUUUGUAAAUGGCAGAAGUCGAUCAACUUCCCGGAUGAAGAUCAUCCCAACCAUCAUGAUGUCGCUUUGUUGCUUACAAGACAUAAUAUCUGUUCUCGGAUGAAUGAACCAUGUAGUACCCUGGGGCUGGCUCAAGUAGCAGGGUUAUGUCAGUCACAUAGAUCCUGUAACAUCAACGAAGAUACAGGACUAGCUCUAGCUUUUACCAUAGCUCACGAACUUGGACACAAUUUUGGUAUGAAACAUGAUCUACAGAACAGUGAGUGUGAGUCUCCGGAACAUGAACAGUACAUCAUGGCACCACAUCUAGUAGCAGAUAGUACUCCUUUAAAAUGGUCCAACUGUAGUCGAGUUGCCAUUACCAAGUUCUUAGAUCGAGAAUGGGGAUACUGUCUGGAUGACGAACCUUCAUCCAAUGAGUUCACCUACCCAGCUAAACCAGCAGGUAUCAUGUAUGAUGCUGACCAUCAGUGUCGUCUGCUGUAUAAUGAUGAUGCUGCUCUCUGCGAGGGAAUUGAGAAUAUUUGUAAUACAUUAUGGUGUAGAGUUAACAAUAAAUGUUCCACCAAACUUCAGGCGGCUGCCGAGGGAACAAUCUGUGGGGACAACAGGUGGUGUUACGCUGGUAAAUGUGUAGAGAUUGGAGAGAGACCGGAUGCUAUUAAUGGAGAAUGGGGGGAGUGGGGCAGUUGGUCGGAUUGCACUCGAUCCUGUGGUGCAGGUAUCACUUUAGCUGAAAGACAUUGUGAAAACCCCCAGCCGUCUAACGGAGGUAAAUAUUGUCUAGGAGAAAGAAAAAGAUACAGAAUCUGUAACAGUCAGCCAUGUCCAGAAAUAAACCCCAACUUCCGACAACAUCAGUGUUCAGAAUUUAAUAAAAUACCGUAUAAAAAUGGUCUACAUGAAUGGAUAACAGUACCAACACCGAGUACCCCGUGUCAGCUCCACUGUAAACCCAGAGACAAGUUUUUCUCUGUCUUGUUAAAGGAUACAGUAACAGAUGGAACACCUUGUCUUCCUGGAACUAGGAAUAUGUGUAUCAGUGGUCGAUGUAGGCAUGUAGGAUGUGACUGGGUAAUAGAUUCUAGUGCUGUGGAAGAUAUUUGUGGUGUUUGUUAUGGUGAUGGUUCAACCUGUAAAACAGUCAAACAUCAGUUUAAUUUCACUGAAAAACUCGGUUAUGUAGAAGCAGCAGUUAUACCUGCCGGAGCCAGAAACAUCCGAGUAGAAGAGGUGGCUGAAGCUAAUAAUUUCCUAGCGUUAAAGAAUGACGAUGAUGUGUAUUACCUAAACGGUCAUUGGUUUAUUCAGUGGAGCGGGGAUUACGAGGUAGCAGGUACUAUAGUACAUUAUACUCGUACUGGAAACAGCAAGGAGAAAUUCAUGGCUCCAGGUCCUAUUAAAGAACCUCUUCACGUGAUGUUGCUGUUACAAACAGAUAACCAAGGAAUAGAGUUUGAGUAUACUGUACCCAAAGAGAAUGCUACAGACAACACUAAACCUGUAUUUAAUUGGCAGUAUACAGCUCUCUCUCAUUGUACAGUUUCUUGUGGUGGAGGAAUGAAGAGAUCACGAGUAGUAUGUACAGAGAUAGAAGCUGGAGUGGUUGAUGAUGAAUAUUGUAAUGGAACCAAACCAGAUGAUAAAUCACAGGCCUGUAAUGAACACCUCUGUCCUCCCAUGUGGUGGACUGGCCCCUGGCAGAGAUGUUCAGUUACUUGUGGUCCAGGGGGCAUGCAUCGUCGAACUGUCAUCUGUGUUCGGAGUGUCAAACCAGAUGAACAGAUAGCCUUGGAGGAUGAGAAAUGUCUUGGGCUGACCAAACCUACAGAAAUAGAGCCUUGUCAUCAUAAAGAGUCUUGUCCCGGUUUUACUAAGUGGAUCGCAGGUGAAUGGUCCACGUGCAGUGCACAAUGUGGUAAAGGUACGAGAAGUCGAAGUGUAAUUUGUGAAGGAAGUGACGUUUGUAAUGUCGAUAUUAAACCUCUGACGGAGGAAGAAUGUAUUGAAGACCCGUGUCCAGGAACAACUCAAUCCUCGGACGAGAACAGAGCAGACGAAGUCGACUUGACCAUUCAGGAUACUAUCAAUUCAAAGGGAGACAACAAAAACAUAACGGUGGAGAUGAAAAACGCUCUCAAAAUCUUAAAUGGUGAAGAGAAGCCGCUUGAGAUGGGAUCAGACACGGUUCAGAUUGGGUUAGCGAGUGAAGAACUCGUACCGGAAGUGCCGAGUGUAUCACCGGAAGUAGAGAAAGAGGAAGGUCACAAGCAUCGUCACGAUCAUGGGAAGAAGCAUCGACACAAAUCAGAUACCGUCGUCUCUCCUGACCUAUUGGAUCCUGAGAAGAAUCCACCUGAAAUCUUUGGGAUAAAAGAAGGCGGAGAUUACACUGAAGACUCCGAGGAUGACACUGAGGAUGAAGAUGUAGUUGAUCCUGAAUUUAAUAAAUAUUCUUGGAAAACUGGAAACUGGUUGGAGGUUAGAAUUCUUUGA